AUGGCUGCCGCAGUCCAACAACAACAACAACAACAACAACAAGAACAACAAGAACCUCAUAAAACCGGCUUCCUCGACCUCCCUGUCGAGAUCCGCCUCGAGAUCUACGACCAGCUCCUCAUCACAGCCCCCUACACAAGAUGCGGCCGUCCCUGUCCUGAGCAAAAAGUCCACGCCUCUCUACUUCGCGCCAACCGCCAGAUCCACGACGAGGCUAGCGAUCUUCUCUACGGUUGCAACACAUUCAUCUCCCACCCAACACUACUCACAUCAUUCCCCCGCCUCAGAAAUUGGUACGGCCCCGUCAAGGAGUCUUCCCUCAUCCCCAGCAUCCGCCGCUUCCACACUCAGGUGCGUCUGGAUGUCGAUCUCCCAUACGACACCGACGCCGUGACCAAGGCCUACAGCGGGCUUGACGAGCUCACCAUCGACGUCGUGCAGUCCAUGUUCCUCGGCGUCGGAUACCGCAACCUGCGCAUGUUUGAGGGCGUCAGGGGCAUCAAGAAAGUCAAGGUCAUUGGCAGCACAACGGGCUUCGAGGACUACGUCGAGUGGCUCAAGAUGUCCAUGACGAGCGAACCUGGCGUUGAGAUCCCUGAGUUUGUACCCCAACAACAAGCAGGCUGGGUUCAGCGAUUGGCCAAUAUCCACUACUAA